CUUCCCAAAAGAAAUCCUAUUUUUUUGGGGGAUGUGAAAUGCAUGAAUAAAGUGUUUUUGGAGGUUACGAAAUUGUUGCUGACAUACGACCACCUCUACGACAUGGAGAUCGCCUUUGUGGAACUACUCUUCGUCAUAGCAACUAUUCUCAUUCCUAUUGAAUUAAAUGCAGCUGACAUUUAUAGAGCACUGGCGGGUCCUAAAUCACUAACAGAUUAUGGAGUUUGUUAUCACGGAGAUGAAAAUGGUAAUCAUGUCUUGAUAGAGCCCGGAACUUUGUUUGAAGUAGCAAGAGAUGAUCGAUUUAUAAUUGGAAUAUUUAUUAUUGGCCAGACGGGUAUUUAUCCAAUAUUUGAUUCUCGAAAACAACAGAUUUUCCUAAACUUAUUCAACAAGCCUGUUUAUAUGACACCAGAAUUACAUGGAGAAUAUGCUCAUCGGUUUGUAAACAAUCGCCCGCGCGAUCUUUCAUCUGAUCCGAGACCCAAUAAGAGAUUGAGACACCAGUUUGCAUAGGCAAAAAAGCGGUAAAAAGUAAAAUUAUAGAAUA